AUGGGGAAGUUUGGGAUUAUAAUGGGGUUGAUUGUCUUAUUGGGCCAAGUAUCCUCCAUUUCUGAAGGAAAUAAAAAGGAGGACCAGAGAGAAGUCAUUCUGAAAGAGUUGGUUGAGAUAUGGCGGAAGGGUGGAGGCUGGUACCCCCGUAGAGAACAACCAUCUCCAGAGAAUAGAAAGGAUGAACAAAUCCAUACAGUCCUAAGCAACAUUGUUGGAGGUCUUAAGUCUCUAGGACUCCUGCCCAAGAAAUCUAUUGGUUUACCAUCUCUUAACAAGCCACUUGACCGGAACAGGCUGUCAGGAUUUCUUUAUAACAUCUCAAUGUAUCUUCAGGAAAUGAGUGCUGAAAUAGAUGAUGAUCUGCCUUUCAGUGAUGAUCAUUUUUGGGAAAACUUGUUGCAUUCUUUCAUCCAGUCUGAUGGAAAAACGCCAUUAGGAGAUUGGGCUGGGAGGGUUCCUCCUCGACCAAGCUUCAGGCUUCAAGACCUCUUCCUCUCUCUAAGAGGCAGCCCACAUUGGGAUGGACUACUUGGACUGGUGCAGAGCAUCAUUACCCUCUUAGAACAGCAGCCACAAAGACCUCUUCUCACAUUUGUGUCACAGAACUGGAAGACCAUCAGUGCCUUGCUUGACACUGCUCUACAAGCUCUUGUCAGUGGGACCUAUAGCCAGGCCAUUGCAGGUCUGCAGGGAUUUAUCUGCAUCCUGAAAGGGCAAAGUGAUUGUGCUUUCAACCUGAGCUGGCUGCAGCAACUCCUGACAUACCUAGAGACAAGGAACUGGAAACCUGUGGUGAAUCUGCACCCUGCAGGAGUAUCCAGUGACCACAGGGAUGGUACCUUCUUGGCAGGACGUUUUAAGCCAUUUAGCAUUCCACCUGAGGCUUUACGUGAGGAAAACAAUAAAUCUCAAGACAUGGAGAGCCUUAGCUCUAUGCAAGCUCUAUUUCUGCAGGCCCUGUCAAAUUCAAACACUGGGGAAAGAGCAGUACAGUUUGCUGAGCGUAAUCCUGCCCUUGUCCAGGGUCUUGAUGGCCUCCGGCGUGGAUUCCUGCACAGAGUGGGUAGCACAGUGUACAGUAAUCUGAGGAGGAAGGUGUCACGUGUGACCAUGGCACUGCUGGAUGAUCUAGGUAGCAUGGCUGGUGAGCCACAGUCCACUCAGCUGGGAAGAUGUUCCGUAGGUGACCUGAGACAACUGAUAUUGUGGGGUAUUAGACAUAACCUGACAUGGAAUGCUCAAGCCAUGGGUUUCACCUCACAUGGUUUACCGAGUCGGCCAUCUUUGAUGUCUUGUUCAUCUUCAGAGACGGAAAAACACAACUCGAAACAACAGCAAUCACCGAAAAGAUCCAGACUCCUCCAGCCUCAGCCAUCGUUCCAUGAUCAAACAGAUUCAGAGCUGUUAGCCUCCGCAGAGAUCCUGGAAGCAGCCUGCAAUGCCUCCAUUCCAGGUCUCACCGGUGUUUCAAACUUUACUGUGUUUCUCUACUGUAAUCUGUUUGAUGGAGGUGAUGCAACGUUGGACCCGGAGGCUAGCCAUGUAGUUCCUGACCUGCAUGUCAGCUGUUCUAAUGCGGCAUGGUACCUCUCUGCUGCAGAGGAGGAUUUCCUGUGGGUACAUGUGUGCAGUGAAUUCUUCGCACAAGAUUUCAAUAAUACAGUAUGUGCCAACUCUUCCUUCUGGCUGCAGCGAGCCCAUCAGGCUGCUGUUACCAAGGACUACCAUUUCCUCAACCAAUCAAGUAUUGAUGACCUCUGCGUACAACUCUCCAGUGAAGUUGCUGGAAGUUCCACAAGUAUUGCAACUGAGGACUGCUUAGAACUGCUCAGUGCUAGAUCUCUAAGUGCACAAGAGUUCAGGAGGUGUUUUCUGCCUAACAACUCCGCUCUGAUAUUAGCCUUGUGUGGCAAUGCGUCAUAUCCAUUAGUUCACACUGGCUGGGCUGCAGAAUAUUGCUCCAAAAUCCUGAAUAAAGAUUCCCACCAUGACUCCAAAAAUGUUCUCUGUGACUUUUUAAAUUGGACUGCAGAGCAUUUCACCAACUCCGAUCUGCUUGAACUCUGUGGAGACACAGCAGGUCUGAGGGACUACAUCUGCAAGAACAUGAGUUUGUAUGUCAUGCUGGUUCCUAAGCAACCUAUACUCUUAGACUACUGCAACUCCAAAUCAGAACCAAAACAGGAGACCCAAUGUGUCCUCCAGCAGCUGUUUAACAUGCUGCCUGCCCCGUAUGAUUUUGACGCUCAUCAGCUCUGUAUAAAUCCUAUUCCUAUCCUACAGGAAGCUGUAUACAAAUUAAACCAUUGUGAGGGAGUUGUGGAUGAACGUGUGGGCUGGCUGGCCACUGUAAGCUAUGUGCUCCAAGUGUUAGAUUUUGUUGUGGGGCUCUCAGCAGGCCUUGAAGAAGGGGAACGCGAGGUCCGCCAGGGUCUCGGCCAAGCUAUUCUUCUGUCCAGACUUCUGGACAAUUCCUCUUUCUGGACAACCCUGAGGCCCGAUGCAUCUGUUAGUGUGCUCCACACUGUUGGUGUCUUUCUCAGACGGGAGCAGAAUCUCUCUCUUAAGGAAGAUCUUCUUAGCUGUUUUAGUCCUGUCCUCUGGGAUCUCAUUCAAAAAGAGGACAACUCCUCUGCAUUGAGAUUUUUACUACAGGAAUACCUCCAGAUGCCAAGAGAAAGAAUACGCACUCUAGUGUUGUCUGCAGAAAAAGAUGCAGUGAAAAGAUUUCUGUCUCAUGUACAUCAGAGCUGGGACCAGCUCCAAGUUGAGGCAGCACAGGCUUCCCCAAAGGAAAAGGAGGCCAUGGAGACUAUGACUGCAGCCUUCAUCCACAAAUUCCCACGUGUUACGCCAGAGCUAUUUGUCGACCUCUCACAGUUCAUCCCCUACAUGUCUGUAUCUGACAUAAUGAAUUUUCCUGCAUCGCUGAUUGCCAACGAUAGUGUGUUGAUGGCUAUUCGAGAUCACAGCUCGGAGAUGAAGACUCCUCAGAAACAAGCUUUCGCAAAACGUCUCCUACAGUCAAAUGCGGUAGGAGAUGUUUCCUCCUGGCCACCAUACUUUCUCACCUCAGUUCUUCCCCUCCUCCCACAUCUUCCUGUCAGCCACUUCCAACAUCUGACAUCCCAGCAGCUCAGCCCGCUGGUCGAACAGCUGGCUAAUAGCAGUCUGGAUGCCAUAAGGGGGAGACACGUGCUUCGCACCCUGUUCAGCAAGAGGAAGAAUCUCACUAGUGAGACAAUAAUGAGGUUAGGCAUCCUAAUAUGUUACAUGAAUUCAGAUGAACUGCAUCGUUUCCUGUCUAUACCCCCUGUAUCACCUGCUCUGUGGCAACAGCUUGCACAGUGUAUUUCAGAUGGCCAUGUCAGUGGAAAUGGCAGACUUUCCCAUUGGCUGGCACUUGCUCUCAAACCCCUUAAUGCCAGCUUGUUGUCUUCUCCGAUGCUGGCCUCUCUCCAUGGAGUUUUACCCCAACUUGGUGCAUCAUUCCUGCAAUCGUUAUCCUCAAAUGAUUUAUUGGAACUCUUCUCUCAGCCUGAUAUACCUACUUUCCCACCUGCACAGGCAUUCCAAAUUUUAAACAAAAUAUUUCAAGAAACAAAUGUCAGUGCCAACACAUUAUGCAGGCUAAAGCCAUUAUUUCGUGGUUUAUCUCCUGCUUUCUUGAGAAACUUGAUUGUACCUGACUCGAUGGGAACAGCAGAUUGUCAGUGUUGGAGCUCUCUGCUGAGCGACCUGCAGCCUGCUCAUCUUGCAAUGGUGCAUAGCGCACUACAGCAGGUUCUGGAGCAUUUGUCAACCAAUAACACACUCUACCUGCACUGCCUUUUACCCUUCAUUUCCUUGAAAAAACUGGCCACUGAGCUUGAUGGACAAACGAUCCUUCAUCACAUUCAUCUGUACAGAAACAUGUCCUGGUCACCUCAACAGGCUCAGUCGCUUUUCAGAAUGAUUCAGCAGACUGAAAACAUCACCCGAGAGACAGUACUACAUUUAGGCCGCAUUGCAAGUGGCAUGAGCUGUAAAAGCCUACAGCUUUGGGCCAAUGAAUCAGACUUCUCUGAACUGGUACGGUUUAUUACAGAGUUGCCCGGCGGAUUGAGGCCAGCUCUGAGGAAGUGUGUGGUAGAGGAACUUGGAAAAAGGCCAGACAUGGAUCUAGAGGACUUCGACCCAUCUUUCACUGCAGGAUUACCCGUGAGGAUGAUUGAGCGCCUGUCCAACGCAUCACUCUGGGCUGUCCUGAACCACGUUCGAAGAGACUUUAUUGAUUUCCUCGAGCUUCCACGCCACAAGCAGAUGACCUUGGCUGAGAAAGCUACUGAUGUGCUUGUGAGAGAAAUAGCUUUUGGAAACUUCUGCAUGGGUGGAAUAAUUGCUGAGGACAGAAUCUCCGGGGUCUCCAUGGACCUGCUGGGUCCUCUUCUCUUCUUCCUGGACAGGGACUUGUUGUCUCAGGUGGACAGAGAGGCUCUGAAGCUGCGCCUCGAGGACCUGAAACAGUAUUGCAUGCCCUCUGAUACCUUCAGAGAAAUGGCUUCUCUGCUUACAGAGAGAAGUAUUCUAGGAGAGCCAAAGUCAUGGACAGUAGGAGAUGUUGAGCAUGUAGACCGACUAGUGUUCACCCUGUCACCUCAACUGAUACGCUCUCUGCCACUGGAUGACUUAGGUAAAGACACGGUUGAGCAAGUCCUGCAAAGUCAGUGGCACUGGAAAGAGACCGAGCUUGGUAAAGUGUGCGCGGACCCGAAAGGAUUAAAAGACAAGAUUUACAGCUUAAUUCACAAAAUAAACAGAGGGCAGAGAUGGAGCAGAAGAGAGCCAAUCCCGACUUGUGCGGAUAUCAAAGGGACUUUUCCUUCAGCAUGGCGCUGGUAUCAACUUAAUCGAAUGAAGAGAAGAGAAUUGAAGGAGUGUGUUGAGUUCCUGGGUCAGGAUGGUUCUCUUGAUGCUGAGCAACGCUGGGCACUGUGGACAGAACUCCGACCGAUUUAUAAGCCAGUAAGGGCACUCAGACCAGCACAAGUACUGGAGCUGGGCUGCAUCAUCACUGAGAUGAGCGAGAGAGAGCUGCAGGCUGUGAACUUGUCUGACUUAGGUGUGGUGGCUCAUCUUGGAAGCUUUAAAGCAUGGAACCCAAGAAAAAGGAGAGCAGCUCUGCAGGGAUUCCUGCGCCGCCGCAAAGAGAAGCCUGAAGACCUUGGAGCGGUCGAGUUGGUUUCUCUUGGCAAUCUACUAUGUGGCUUCACUCCUGCAGAAAUUUCCCGUCUAGACCCAUUUAGCCUGAGCAUGGCUGCGAUGUUCCUGAGGGAGACAUUCCUGCCAUGCUUUGAGCAGCAGACUGAGGCUCUGACCGCUCGACUCUCCAGCCCUCUGGCCUUCGGUCCUGUCAGCGGUUGGAGCGCUGACAUUUUCACUGAGAUUGGGGUUCUGGCAGCUGGACUGGAUGACAUGGUGUUGUCCUCCCUUGUGAAGGAACAAAUAGAAGGGCUAACUCCAUUAGCAAUAUCCCUGAUACCUCCAAAAAAGAUGGCUGUUGUGUUCAGUGCAAGUCAGCUGUCAUGGCUGACCUCUGAACAGGCAUGGGCCGUGACAGAUGAGCAGUGGCAAAAGCUGGACAGUGAGCAGAAAGAAGCAUUAAGCAUGGCACUGUAUGAAGGGGAUGUGAUGCUUGUACACAGAGGCAGGAACCAGGCUCCCUCAGUGUGGUUUGCUGGCAACCUCACAGCAUGCACAUUCUUGUUACUCUGUACUCUGUUGUAUUUAUUAUAAACACCUAUGGGAGUGUUACUCUUUCAUAUUUAUUUGCUG